ACCGCAGCGCGGCCAGGACCGGGACCGACAGCGGAAUCAGGAGCCGAUCGGUUGUCUGAGCCCUUUCUUCCGCUGCUGAGCGGCGCGAUGAUUUUCGGCAGAAGCCUCACCUGCCCUGGUUUCCUCUUCCUGUUCACUCAUGCUGCUACCUCCCUGCUAUCAGCCGAACAUGUUGGAACCAAGCAGAGUGCCCAUGUGUCAGGUGAUGAGAAUGGAGCCGUAGUGGUCCAGACUGCACCAGGGAAGGUCCUUACUCACAGAGGUGCUUCUGUCACCCUCCCCUGCCGAUAUCACAGCGAGGCCAAGAGUUGGGGCCUCCAGAAGCCCCGUAUCAAGUGGACUAAGGAAUCCAUCUCCCUGCAGAGCACCGAUGUGUUUGUGGCCUUGGGCAACGUGCAGAAGGCAUUUGGGGUGUACAAGGGUCGAGUGAGGCUGCAGGAGGAUGGAGAAGGAGAUGCCUCACUGGUCAUGCAGGAUGUCACACUUCAGGAUUAUGGCAGGUACCAGUGUGAAGUCAUCGACAAGCUCUACGACGACAAAGGAAUUGUCAGACUCAAUUUGGAAGGUGUGGUCUUCCUCUACCAUCCACGGUUGGGACAACAGAUGUUAAACUUUCAUGAUGCCAAGGCUGCCUGUGCUGGGCAGGAUGCCAUGCUGGCUUCCUACGAGCAGUUACACAGGGCAUGGGAGCAAGGCUUGGAGUGGUGUGAGGCAGGCUGGCUGGCUGAUGGAUCCGUCCAGUAUCCCAACUACAGUCCGCAACACAAGUGUGGCAGAUCUAAUCAUUCCGGCAUCAGGAACUACAGCUACCAACACAAGGAGGAUCAGAGAUACGAUGCCUUCUGCUUUACCUCAGACCUGAAAGGAAAAGUGUAUUUCUUGAGGACAUUUCGGAAACUGAACUACGUGGAGGCAGUGAAAGCAUGCAAGAAGAAGAAUGGCUCCAUCGCCAAGGUGGGCCAGUUGUACACGGCCUGGAAGCUGCAGCUACUGGACCUGUGUCGUCCAGGCUGGCUGGCUGAUGGGAGUGUCCGCUACCCCAUUGUCAACCCUCGCUCCAAGUGUGGGGGCAACAAGCCUGGGGUCCGCAGCUUGGGGUUCCCAGACAGGAGGCACCGGCUGUAUGGAGUCUAUUGCUUCAAGAGGAAGGAAUGAGGACAAAAGUAAGGCAACAUCUUCAAUGAAGGAUUAACAUUUUAAUGCAAAGCUUCACCUUCACACCCAGAUGUAACUUCUCCCUGCAUGGAUCAGCCAGGGCAGCUGAAUGCUCAGAGCCCAUUACAGCCAGGCACCAGGAGAACUUUGCUAACGGCUUCUCACGAGGUCACGCUUUCAAAGACUACCUGACCCUUCAGAAUUAAAUGUCAUUACCGCGGUUGGGUUGGGGAAGUAUUAUCGUGGAAAAGCUUGUGCUUCUUUACGCUGUCAUUAACCCAUGAAGCGUAGUCAGUGGUCUCACUGCGUACAUCAGGAUCUGACAAAGAGCAACAUGAUCAUAACUAGGUGAGUGACACUCUGGUCACAUUGGCUACAGAAUAAAAAUAGACCAGGGUGUGGGAAGUUCAGCAGCUCCAUGUACCUAACAGAGGAGUUGCCUGAAUCUGCCCUUGCCCCUGAAGCCUGCAGACUGGGGUAGAAAGGGCUUUGGUUAAGCAUUCCUGGGACAGAUGCAGUACCCUCUCUGGACAGCGACAGUUACAAACGUAAAGCCCUGGGGUGGUCAGUGUGAUCUGGGAAAGGACUUGUGCGGGUUCAUACUGAGGGUUAAGGAGGGCGUAACAAUGAGUGAAGUAGAGGAUCACACUGUGGUACAGGAGUCAGUAAUAGAUUAUCACAUUGCACUGGCCAAUGGCCUGAGUGUCCACUCCAUUUGUGAAUUGCUUUAUUGUUUUACCUGGAGGGCUACCAGUGGUUUUUGCUACCUAACAGAGCAUUUAUUGAAACAUCUGCACAGAUGUGUGUGAAUCUGGUUGGACUGAUCCCAAAGAAAAUUCAGAAAAAGGAAUUUUGUGGCAGCUGUGGAUUCAGGUGAAUAACCUGUAGAGGAAUGUUAUUCAUGGUGAUUAGCAUUCAGUGCAAUGGGCAGAGAGUUAACAACUUGCCCAAGCCUCACUCUGGGAACAAACAGCAGUUAGACAGCCAGUGCCCCAUUCCUCUGUCGCCAUGUUACAUUUACCUCAUAGGUAAAUGCAAUAUAGCAAACACAUUGUAGGAGGUAGUGGAGAAUGGGUUGAGGGAAUUGCAAAGAUGUGAGGUUCCAGGAGGGUGUAACAGGGUGCACGAAUGUCAGUAGAUCAGUGGGAGCCUGGCUGGAGGAUGUUAUAGGUGUCAAACCAAUGAAAAAAGCUGAUGAGGGAUAGCAGGAGUGUCCUAGGCUGCAGAAGUAAGUCUUAUUGUCCUUGUGAACACCAGUUCAAUGUAUUCAGGUUGAGCUGGACCCCUCAGCCUCACAUCUAGUUACUAUCUACUGAUCUUUGUGGGAUCUUGCAGUAAAUGGUUGUUGCUUUCCUCCUUGUGCCAACAGGACCAGAUAGGAAGCAUUUCAUUGCCUGUAGAAAGCACUCUCCCUGUUAUGACACCCUGCCCAGUAGUUACACUUCAGCUUCUUGGGAAUGCAAUGGGUUCCAAUCCCGAAACUGAUGGUGCCAAAGCAUUCAGAUAUGACUCAA